UCCGGCAGCUCCGCGCCCGCAGCGCGGCGGCCAUGGGGGCGCGGCUGGGCCGGCGGGCCGCCCAGGCGGGCUCGGAGGCCCGGGCGGCGGCGGGCGGCGGGCCCGCGCCCUACGAGCGCCGGGUGCGCUGGCUCCGCGAGAUCCAGUCCACGCUCCGCGAGCGGCGGCCGGAGCACGCGCGGCAGCUGCUGCGCCUCCUGCGCCAGGACCUGGGCCUCGAGGGCACUCUCCUUACUGACAUCCUCUACAGGGACGUGGCCUUCCUGAACUUGGUGGACCCCAUCUCCCAUGACCUGCUUGUGAACCUGGCCCGGGACCUGCAGUGCCCUAAGAAGGACUAUGAGCUCUGGAAGUCCUCGGACAAGAUAUGUCGGCAGCUCAUCUACCACCUCACCCCUCACUCCAAGCAGCAGCGAGGGUCCAGCCUGUCCCGGAGGAGGACCCAGAGCUGCCUCAAGAGCAGCCUCCAGAAGACUCUGCUGGCAGGAGAGACUGUGGACCUUUCGGGCAUCCCACUGUCGGCGCAAGACGUGCAGCAUAUAACGCGCUACCUGGGCAGCCAUGGCGCUGGGCUGGCAGUGCUGGACCUGAGCUUCACGGAGCUGAGUGACGAGCUGCUGCGCCUGCUGCUGCCCAGCCUGUGGACUCUGCCCCGCCUCACCCAGCUCCUGCUCAACGGCAACCGGCUGACACAGGCCACCGCCCGAGAGCUCACCGAGGCCAUCAAGGACACCACCAAGUUCCCCACGCUGGCCUGGGUGGACCUGGGCAACAAUGUGGACGUGGCCUCCCUGCCCCAGCCCCUGCUGGUCGGCCUGCGCCGGCGGCUCAGCCAGCGCACCUCCCUCCCCACCAUCUACGAGGGCCUGGACCUGGAGCCUGGGGGCUGCGCAGCCGAGGCCACUGCCCAUGCCUCCACCUGGGGCUCUGCAGCUGCCGGGACAGCCCCUGAGCCCCAGGCCUGCUGCACCAGGUGACUUGCCACCCACCUGGCUCACCACUGCUGACAUACAAUGCCCUAGAGUUCAUUGGGCAGCAGGUGACAGAGGCCCAGAGGGUCCCACAUGCCCCUAGAGGUCUAGUAUAAGUGCUUGGCCUGGGAUCAAGAGGACAGAAGGAAAAUGGGCCCAUAGGAGGGUGGGUGGACAGCUUAGGUUGGAGUCUCAGCCUCCCCCUUCAGGAGGGGCUCUGGCCCCCGCAAUGUGGAUCCCGCAAUAAAGGGUGAUGCCCCA